GUCUGGAACCGGACGUGACAGUGCUGUCAACCUGCUGGUCAAACAGGUGCCACGAAAAUCAUUGAAAAACCCAGACAACUCGCUCACCCUGUGGGUUAUUGACCAAGGAGGGGCUCGCCAACAGGAAGCCUGAUUUAUACCUUCCCAAAGGAGGAGGAGUUUAAGUAUUGAAAAUGUUGAAUUGUAUUACAUUGAAUGCAUGUUUUUUAAGAUUCUCGUUGGUUUUCAUGAUGAAAAUAGAGCUUGAUAACGAGGAUGCUAAUAUUCAUGUUUGAAUGUUGAUAUUAUAUAUGAUAUUAUAAAUAAGUUCUGUAGAUUGUAUUUAAGACAGCCUUGCCAUUGGUAUGUUUGAAUUUGAGGGGAGGAGCCUCAACUAUAAAGAGUCUAAUUGUUUGGACAAAAAGGAAAAAAAAAGGAGAAUGAAGGGUGACUGUUGGGCUAGUAGCCAACGUUUUUGAUGUUUUUUAUGUAAAUAUUAUUUUGUUAUGUUUUUUUUUUUUCCCCUGUAUUGGAAUUUUGGUGGAUGGAACCCUGUUACACUGUUUGGAGCAUGCCCUGACAAGAAAAUUAAAUCACCUUUGAGAGACUAUAGAGUUUUUACUUUUUCUUGCUGCCUGCCUAGCCACAGCUAAGACUAUCUUACCACAUAUGGUGUCAGAAGUGGGAUGAUGACGUCUCUAUGGGAACUGGCAGUAGAAGAGGAAAACUGGUAGUAAGAUGACUGCUAAAGGGCAUGUUGGUCCUCAACGGACUACCAGAGCACAUCCUAUUUUGUUCUCAGAGGGAGAAGAGGAUACAGAGGAAGCUCAGUUUGGUGAUUUAGAGCUGGGGGCUGAUGCACAGGAGGAAGCCAUUGCAAGCAUGUUUCACCAAGCAGGCAAGAUCCGAGAAGAGACUGAUCUGGUGGUAAGACCCAAGACUGGGGCAACUAGUACUCCUCGAGAUGGUAAAGGUGAAGACAAUGUUGUUAUGGGUCAGGAAUUUUUGACAGAAAUGAGAGAUUUCAUGAGACAACAACAAAGAAAUGAGAAAGUUCUGUUUGAUGAACUGCAGGAUUUGAAAUCCACCAUUUUUCAGAAACCUAGAAGUGAAUGGGGGUUUGAAGAGCAAGUCAGCCAAAAUACUCACCACCCCUUACCUACACCAAGAACAUUUCAUCCACCACCAUUAAGAGGUAUGAUGCAUUCACCUCAAACUCACCCUGUUGUUGAUAGCAUACAAGCUAUAAGUCAAUUACCAGCAGUACCUUAUAGACGUUAUCAUGAACCACGAAUUCCUGAAUUCAUUGAGGGGGAAGAUGUGGAGAGUUUUUUUAUUCGUUUUGAACGUAUUGCAAGAACGUGGGGAUGGCUAACGGAUGAAUGGGCGGCUCGAGUUGUCACUCUGCUGACAGGCAAGGCCUUGGAAGCGUAUGCUGGGAUGGAUGAACAACGCUCCGGUUUCUACGAGGACAUCAAGGCUGCAGUAUUAGCUAAGUACAAUGUAACGGAGGAGACUUAUCGCCAGCGCUUCAGGAGUCUCACAGUGCCAUCUGGUGAGAAUGUCAGAGAGACCUAUAAUCGAAUUAAAGGGUUGUACAAGAGGUGGAUGCGACCUGAAGUCAAGGUUAAGGAUCAGAUAGGAGAGACUAUCAUUCUUGAGCAGUAUUUGAGGGUUCUUCGUCCAGAUGUGAGGACUUGGGUUAAAGAAAAUCAACCUCAGACUGGAGAGGAAGCUGCGAGAUUGGCAGAGAGGUAUAUGGCCGCACAUCGAGAACCACGAACGGACUUACAAAGGUACUGUGGGUAAGGGUAAAUCUGAGGAGCACAGUGAUCAGACUGUGGGAGUAGUGGGGAAAACUUCUACUUUUGCUAAGGGGCCUCUGAUCUGUUUUUACUGCCAGCAGUCUGGGCAUAAGGCAUCUCUUUGCCCAUUAAGAAAACCCAAGGUAACGAACAUGUGUUUUGUUCCUCGAGAGGAGUGGUCUAAUGAACUGGUGAAAUCCACUGACAAAAAUAGACAUAUUGUAUCAGUAAUUGUCAAUGGUCAGCCUGCUCAAGCACUUGU